AGGAGCUUUUUUGAUCCCCUAUUUCAUCAUGUUAUUCUUGUGUGGCAUCCCUCUGCUUCUCAUGGAGUUUGUUAUUGGCCAGUUCACUCAUCUCGGGCCAGUGCACGCGCUAGCCAAAGUCUGUCCUCUCUUAAAAGUUUCUCUUUAAAGACAGAGAUUAUCUACCCGAUCAAAUCAGGGGCCCCCCCUCACUUGUUUUCUCACUCCUUUCUCCCACGUUAAUGCUCUGUGAUAAACAAGGGCCAGACAACAGGUAGUUUUUUUUCUGUACACUCUUGAAUGAUUUCCACAUGAAACUGUGAAAUGUGCCAUCUUGUUCCCUCCCCAAUUACUGAAUCAAUGGAAAUUCUCAAAUCAGUACCCAUACGUGGCAUGUCAGUGCCACUUGAACGAUGUGUCUCCUGCCGGGGUAAUAAAAUGAGAAAAAAGACAAGUAAAGCAGCAAUUGCUGAAGGUUUUUCCGUGUGCUUUUGGUUUGAUGCACUGGUGGGAGAUUCCGGUAUGUACACUGCAUGCUGGUUUUCUUAUAGGCAAAAAAAAAAAGAAUCAUGGAAGUCAAUCCUAGUUUUGGCUAAUGUAGCUUCAUAUUUGAGCACUAGUACCUAUUUGUUUCUGUAUGUGUAUAUAUGAGGCCAGGAGAAAAAAAAUGUAAAUGCUUUUCCAUCAUUUAAUGUGACCUACAACAGAUUUUGCCCAACAAUUUUCCUUAAAUUAAAACUAAUAAUGCAUUCAAUCCUUUUAUAACAUAAAUCAAGACAAAUUCAGCCACAAGAAAUGAUAUAGUUAAGUAAUGACGUCGAACAUUGUUCUCUUGCGUACUGAAAUUUGAGAUUUUUAGGCUGACAUUGAUGACUCCGAAUGGCAGAUUUUCUUUUCACCUUCUGUAAUGCUUGAAAAAAAACUUUGUCUCUAAGGUAUGCAGGGCCAGGCCUUCAUGUUACAUCCUUGGCUUGGUUUGAUUCAUUGGAGUAAAAUAGCGGUUGCGUUGCAUUGCCGAGUCAUGUAACAUCGCCCGAGGCGCUAGUUUUUCUGACGAACGACAACAAAUAACUUGCGUAAGGCAAAAUAUAUAAACAUUUAUAUGUCAUAACAGUGGAAUGUUGCUCAAUAUUCAUGUAAGAGUAAAAGGUAGGUUGCAUUAAAACCUCUCUGAGAAGAAGUUACUCAAGUAAGGGCAAGAGAGCCUGCCACUGAUCACUUUCCUCCAUUUACACAUUUCAACUGCGUUUUUAGAAAAGAUAGCAGGGCAUGGAUGUUUUUCUUCGUAAGAUAACGCUUCUGUCCUGCCACGCCAGCCUUAUCUCAGACAUACUGAAUGAAGCUGACCUGAGAUUAUUGUCACACGUAGUAGACGGCCAGUACUUCUUGCAUCUCAUUCGUGCAAUGCUGCUGUCGGCUGCAGUUAGCAGUUUCCCUGCCCAGGGUUCUUCUCGUUUUUCCUCUGUUUUUUUGGGGGUGGGUGAUAAAUUCUUAGUUAUGCCACUGUUGUAUCUUAUUUUCUCCACUUGAUAGUGACUUUUUACACUUUUUGUUUCUUGGUAUAUGUUUUAGAUCAGUCUACUGACUGAUAGCUUUGAACCGUUGUGUGUGGCGAUUUCCCAAUUGACACGAGUUUGAAUUUCAUUCCUUUCAAACACAGUCACAGAGCCAGUUAAAAGUUUUGCACACUGGCAACCUCAUUGGUUUUCACGUCACCUUUCAAGAUGAUUUCAUUUUUUUUCCGUCGAGCUGUAAAGUCACAUUAAUGUUAGGAAAAGCUUUGAAAUAAUUUUACCUGGUCUCAUCUUAUAAAUGGAACAACAAAAGCCGAACCUUUGAAAAAACAGGAGUGUGUAGACUUUUUACAUCCACUGUGGUACAUUGGAGACUGAAACAAGCGUAUGUCUCUCCCCGUGAUGUAUGACAACAUCUUUUUUUACCGCAGGUGUUGGCCUUGCCACAGUGGUUUUAUCCUACAUCUUCUGCACCUACUACAAUGUGCUCAUGAGCUGGGCCCUUUUCUAUUUGUUCCACUCCUUUGGAGCACCACCUCCCUGGAGGACUUGCAACAACAGCUGGAAUGUCUUAGAGAACUGUUCCAGUGGAUUUCCCGGCAAUGCCACUGAUCUGCAGUCAGCGAGCCAACAGUUCUUUGAUCAUCGGCUUCUGGAGAAAACCAGCGGCAUUGAAAAUGUUGGUGGUCUUCAGUGGGAACUCUUCGGGUAUCUCCUACUUGCCUGGAUCAUUGUCUAUUUAUGCAUCUUUAAAGGAGUCAAGUCAACUGGCAAGGUUGUUUAUUUCACAGCUACGUUUCCGUACUUCAUCUUGUUUGCCCUGCUCAUUAACAAUAUGCAGCUACCUGGUGCCAAGGAGGGUGUCCAGUACUUUGUGACUCCUGUCUGGCGAAAACUUUUUGAAGUGAAGGUUUGGGUUAACGCAGCAGCCCAAGUAUUCAAUUCACUGGGAAUUGCUUUUGGUUCAAUGAUUUCCAUGGCAAGUUACAACAAGUUCAACAACAACAUUGUCAGAGAUGCUUUGAUUGUAUCGUUCAUCAACUCAUUCACAAGCAUUCUGACUGGCUUUGUGAUCUUCUCAGCUAUUGGCUACAUGGCACACAUACAUAAUCUCCCUGUGGACAACAUAUCAACAGAUGGUCCUGGUCUAGUGUUUGUUGUUUACCCUGAAGCCCUCUCCACUAUGCCCGCCUUUCAGCUGUGGGCUCCUCUCUUCUUCUUCAUGCUGCUCUGUCUUGGUCUGGACAGUCAGUUUGCCACAGUUGAGGUGGCUUUGACAUUCAUCAAAGAUGAAUUUAAAGCCCAAAUUCUGCAAGUUUUCAAGAGGGAAGAGCUGCUAGCCCUGGUCAUCUGUGUUGUCAGUUUUCUUCUUGGACUUCCACACGUUACUAAGGGAGGUAUUUAUGUAUUUCAACUGAUGGACCACUACACUGCUGUGGUGUCCCUCAUGUUCUUGGCUUUCUUUGAGGUUAUAGCAGUCUGCUGUUUUUUUGGGGUCUGCCGCAUCUCAUAUAUGAUGGAGAAGAUGCUAGGAAAGUCUGCGAACAUCUACUUUCGCAUUUGCUGGAUGUUUAUGUGUCCUGUGCUGGUGCUGUGCAUCCUGGUCUCCAGUAUCAUCCAGUACGUUCCUGUUCAAUAUGGGACGUACCGUUACCCAUUGUGGGCUGACUGUGUGGGUUGGUGCGUCUCACUGCUCUCUCUGAUAUGGAUUCCCAUUGGAGCCAUUCACGAGAUCUGUAACAACAAAGGCUCUUUUCUCUCUAGAUUGAAAACAGCUCUAACUACCACACUCGAGCUGGAUGUUGAAGAUUCUCUGCCUGAAAAACAAAACCUUGGCAACCCAGUGGCUGAAACAUCAGUAGCCCUUCUCAACACAACACUUUGAUAUAGUAGGUUUUAUAGAACAAAAACGUUAUUGAUCCAGCAUUUUAUUUGAACUGUGCAUAAAAUACAUUGUUUUAUUGCAAUCAUUAUCCAAGAAAUCAUUACGGAUCAAGUUUUUAACUCCAUGCAUAUUCUGAAAUGUAUAAUGCAAUACAAAAAACAAAUAAUCAAAUAACCUAAAUAAUCCUGUCGUGUAUCAAACACAGGAGGAAUGUGUUCAAAUUAUAUGCAGUAGGCUGCGGCCAUGUGAAUUGUAUAUGAACAUGAUAGCCAAAUUGCAAGUGAUGAUUCAACCCAAAUUUGUGUUUUGGGGAGGAAAAUUACAUGAGUUGCUAUGUACACAAUCAUGUCAUCUAAAAUGACACAUGCGCAGACUUUCAUAACUUUAAUAUUUUAACACAUGAACUGAAACUGAAUGAAUGUACUCUACUUGCUCUCAAGCUUUAAACAGAUGAACAAAAUUCUGAAAUUAUAUAAUAUUAUUGUUUCACAACAAUUCUAAAUAUAUGUAUUGUUUGAUUCCAUAGGGUUUUUUUUUGUAUUUUUAAUGCAUUUUUUAGAUUGCACUUCUUUUUGUCAUAAUAAAGUACAAAUGCAAAAAAAAAAAAAGGCCACACACACCCUUUUUAGAGAUGGGAAAUAAAAACAAACAACUACGAUGUUAUGGUUACACAAGUGUAGACAGACUCUCAACUAUCUUAUUUGACUUGGUUACAAGUUAAACUUGGGAUGUGGCUGAUUCCAGAAAGACGCAGUUCUGUUAAAGCUCACAUUAAUGUGAGCCAGCACUGCUGUCACCAUUUAAAGUGCCUCCCAUUAACCACAAAUGGAAUUCUAGUAGGCUUUUCCCGACAUUUUUGUAGUUACACCACGUGGUGAAGUGUGUUACAGUCUGAAAUGUCUCAUCCAAAAUCCCAAAAGGUUUGUUCGGCACAAUUUCCACAAACAACACUGCUCGUCAUAACAACAACAUUACUGUUAGCACACAACCCUCAGACACCUACUGGAAAGCACAAACAUGUCAGGAAAAGGUUACGAGAACAUCUGUUGAUUUUCUGAGAUAAUCAACAUUAUCUCAGAUGUUAACUUUAUUUCUCUGAAUGUUUUUCCCCCUCAUUAAGUUGUACAAUGAUGUAUCUUGUUCUAUUUCUUAUUUGAUUGUUUUACAUCACAAAAACCUGGCAUAUGUUGACUUUUUAUAUCUACUGUAUGUGUGUAAUGUGUCCGAUACAUUAUAUCGCUGUGCUUAUAAAUUUGCAUAUACCCAAGUGGAAUUUGAAAGGUACUGGCAAUGAGGAAAAUGCUGACUGGGACCACUGCCUUAUUUUCGUUGUUAAAUGAUUAUGCUAUUUUGAAAUGCCUUAUAGUUGAAUUUAAAUCCCAUUUAACGGGGGAAUAAAUGUUAACUUAUUAGCAUACUUGUAAGUAUUGGUUAACAAAUAACUUGAAACCUGUGGCAAAUUGCACUUUGUUGACCCCACCAAAGACAAAAGUGAUAUCCCAAUUAACUGAUACUACCAUGUUGGCUGUAGGUUUUUUUUUUUUUUUUUUUUUUGGCCUUCACACCCUGUAAUCACAUGCUUGGUAAAUGGGCCCCGCCAGAAUUAGAUUAUCAUGAUAUGCUUCAUGUUAGAGUUGUAUUUCCAUUAUUUAUGCAAUUGUUGAUUUUGAUUUACAAUUUGAUUGGAUUUGCAAUUGUUGAGGCAAUAUUUAUUAUCACGUGUAACAAAUACAUGCCCUUAAGAAACUAUGCUAUUUACCAACAUGUUUCAUUAUCAAAAUGCAAAUUCAUUAUUAUUCAACCUCGUAUAUCAAAUAAUUUAUUUUGUAUUAUAGUUGGUAUCACUGUUCUUAUCAGAACGGACAUUCGAUGUGUGCUGUCAUCUUGGUCAAUAAAAAAAUGUGUUGCUCUUUU